GUCUUCCUUACGACGUGACGUCAUGGGUACAACGAUUACUAAACCAGACCCCGUAACCCCUCGCCGCCGCUCUCGCCCCUCUCCAUUAACCGCUCGUAGGAUAGGGCCAGUGCAUAACGCGAGAAUUCAGUUAGACAUAGCGCUUGGUCGAGUUGGUUUUGUAUUUAUUUAUGUCGUUUGUCAGUUCCGCUAUGGCGUAGUGGUACAAAAAACGCGUAACCCAGUGACGAUUACCUUUAAUUAAAUAGUGCGAAAUAAAUAUUUAAUGGUGAAGAUGUCGGUGAUGCAAAUACAACAAGCCAAGAGGCAGCAGUGCUAUCUUUGUGACCUUCCCAGGAUGCCAUGGGCGAUGGUUCACGAUUUUUCGGAAGCGGUAUGUAGAGGUUGCGUUAAUUAUGAGGGCGCCGAUAGGAUAGAAAUAGUUUUAGAAACUGCCCGACAAAUGAAACGAGCUCACGGUUUUCAAGAACAAAGAUCUGGACAUAAUACUAAAACACAUCGGGGUACUACCGCCCACGAUCACCAGAACGGCGAAGUAGUAGCGUCGUCUAGUAGACAACAGAACGCUCCCCAUCAUACGCCCGCGUACGGAAUCCAUCAUUCUAGAACGAAUAUGUUGGCAGAAUAUCAAGCCGCUCAACAACAACAACCUCCGCCGCCUCCUAGAGGUAGAACUCAAUUAGAAGCGACAUCCGAGCACGAACACGUAGCCCGCACCACCGUUCGUUUACCAACGGCGGCACAUUUAACACCUCACCAUCAAUUACAAACCCAUCACCAUUCUAGUAACGGCAGGCCUGGCGCUCUACCCCAACAGGGUAUCAAAAGAGGAUUAUCGACCACGGAAGACGACGAACAUCACGGACACCAUCAUUCUAACGGCGAUAUCAGCGGCGCUAAAAGAAUGAUGUCCGUUGAAGAACACAGUAACGCUGUACGACCCCCUUUAACAAGGGGAGAUUCAUUACCUGCAGUUUCGUUAGGACAAUCGUUCGUUAUAUCUACGGAGAGAACGUUUAAACAAGAAAAACAUCCCAUCAGGACCGCUUCCUUUGACGCCGGGACCGCAUUCAAACCUAGUGGUAUGAAAAUUUUCUUAAAUACUCUACCAGCACCUGUCUCGGUAGCGAGUGCGAAUGGAACAAGUUCUAGUUCUCCUUUAAGCAACAGGACCGGCUCACCACCUGAAGCCAAUAUGGCCGGUGCUACACCGCAGACUCAACCUACUACAGGUUCCGGUCAGAGUCCAAUGGCGGCUCUAAUCUCUGUAGCCGAUAAUUUACCACCCGGUAGUCCACGUUCAACUGGUGGUAGUCCGCCUACCAACGUAGCACCUCGAUCGGCGUCUAGGGGAUCGCAACAUUCACCGAACUCAACAGCGGGAUCGUCAAGUGGUAGACGAUCGUCUGGUUCGAGACACGUUUCAUCGACGACUGUAACAUCAACAGAAGCUGGUACUAUGUCGACUGGCGGUAACGAAUCCUUAACAAAUAACGGAGAAAACGUUGCCGCCGCUACACCAACGGCUACAGCCACUUUGAAAUGUACUUUGUGCCAGGAAAGAUUAGAAGACACGCAUUUCGUGCAAUGUCCUUCAGUGCCCCAUCACAAAUUCUGUUUUCCCUGUAGCAGGGAGAGCAUAAAGAGGCAAGGAGCUGGAUCAGAGGUAUAUUGUCCGAGUGGAGAGAAAUGUCCAUUGGCGAAUUCGAACGUACCCUGGGCAUUUAUGCAGGGAGAAAUCGCCACGAUUUUAGGCGAAGAUUACAAAGUGAAGAAAGAGCGCGAAUCUUAAAAAAUACGACACGUUGUUGAGGGUGAAACUCUUUGCUCGAUAAAAUCGAGAAAAAUCUCUUGACAGAGAAGCGAAAUUGGUGAAAGGCAAGAAAAAAAAACAA